AUGGCAACCGCGAACAUGCGUAGGAAUACACUGGAGUAUGCAACCAUGAGCUAUCUCCCAAAUCUAUUUAUCCUCACUUGUAAAAAAAUGAGUAACAUUAUCGACACUAGUGCGACUUUCCUGCAUAAUUUUUUAAUUCAAGUGAAGAACUUUGCUUCGAGACAAUCAUUGCGCUUUCACGUCGUAAUAUAUAAUAUCCUCCUCAUUGUAUUUCUAUUAUUUUUGCUAAUAAAAUGCAGGAAUAAAUGUAGACGCACCAAAGGGCGAGACCCCUCCUUACGAGUUGCUUACGAGCAGGUGGAUGCACUCCCCACGGAGGGAAGUAGCAAAGAGGGGGGACAAAGCCAAAGCAGGGGGGUAAGUAAAAGACAGGGUGGAAGCCAAAGCAGGGGAGAAAGCAACAGAAGGGGGGGGAGCAAAACCAGAGAUGGAAACCAAAGCAGGGGUGGAAGCCAAAGCAGGAGUAGAAACCAAAGCAAGAGUCGAAACAAGAGCAGGAGCGGGAGCAAACGGAAGGCACAAAUCACAAAUAAGAGUCGCGCAACAAUCAAGGGGCGAGCCAGAAGCAGAACACCAAACACUAGUAAAGGGAGAAACGCAAGCAAAGAGAAAAAACCUCCAAAGAGCAACCCCAAUAGAAGUAGCCACUUCGAAGAAGAGAAAAACGUGGCGAGCAGACUAAGCAGCUUAAGGUCCAGAGCGAGAAAUCAAAAUAAUGUCCAACGAGAAAACUCCCCUAUAAAUACAAAACCAAGCAGAAGAACAGGAAUAGAAAUGACACAUAGGAAUAAGAUGGUGACAUCCAAUUCGUUAGGCAACGUGUCUCUGCCUUAUGUUGAUAUAUCCAAUGCUCACUUGAAUUUAAAAGAAAAGGAAAAAAAAAAGAAAGCCACAUUGAAAGAAAAAAAAAAAAAUUAG